UUUGGAUAUAUUUUAUGAAUAUCCAUUGUUGGAAGUUGUACGUCCAAUACAAGAAUUGACAUUUUUAGAUUCGAGUCAACCCUUAAUGGAAUUACCUAAAAACGAUAUGUUGCAUUAUGAAGAAUUAGUUAAUAUACUUGAAACAUUAGAAAUUAGAUUUACUGAUCGUUCUUGGGAUGAAAAAUUAAGUGACUAUAUCUAUAAAUGGACACCUGAAUCCGUUUUAAAAUCAUUUUAUAUUGCAAAUCAAAAUGGCAAAAGUUUUAACUUUUUAAAUAAUAAAUUUCAUGCAAAGGUUUUGAGAAAGUUUAUUAUUGAGAAUUGGAACAAUUUUAGUUUAAACAAUGGAACAUUAGUUAAAGAUGAAUUUAAAGACAUUCUACGUAAGUUACCAAUUUGGCCUACUUUAUGUGGACAACAAUUCGCGAGUCCAGUUAAUGGAUUCCUUCCUCCAGAUGGUAUUGAAAUAAAUUCAAAAAACCAUCCAAAUAAGUUAUUCCUCAAGGCCAGAAAUGAAACUUUUAAAAAGAUACUAGUAGCGUUGCAAACACCUUACAUAAACCUUAUUAAUUAUUUACAAAAAUAUUAUGUGAUCCCAAGAGAAUAUCACGAAGAUCAUAUUAAAUUUAUCCAAAGUGUUUUAAAAUCGAAAGAAUUCAAUCAAGCUGAGAGAUGGAUUAAAGAUCAAGCCAUUUUUCCAAACAGAAAAACGAAGAAACUCAAAAAUGCAAGAAAUCUUUAUGAUUAUAGAGUUCAAUUAUUUCAAAUCACUUUUGAAGGUUCCGAUUUAUUUCUUCACGAUGACAUUCAAAAUGAUAAUUCUUGUUAUGAAAUUAUUAAAAGAAUGGGUUUUAAUUAUGUAAUAAACCAACGUACUUUUCUUGAAUGUGCGAAAGCAAUUGUAAAGUUUACAUUUGGUAAAAAACCUCCAAACAACUUAAUAUAUCGUGCUACAACUAUAGUCAACUAUCUUUAUGAUAACAUCGAUGAACUUGGGUAUUCUGAUGUAGAAUGGAAUGAUUUGAUAGCUAUACCGUUCGUUCCAACUGAAAUGUUUAUUGAACCUCCUUAUUCAUCAAAUGCAAAGGCUCCCAAAACAUUUGAAUGCUUUGUUUCAUUGUGCUUACCUAAGUAUAAAACAAUAGGCUUUACGCAAAUGGCAAUAUUUCAUAAUAAUGUAGUUCCAAGUCCUACUUCACCAAUAUUUACAAAGCUUAAGAAUUUUGGAAAACCAAGUGCCCAAAAUACUCUUGAACAUUUACGUGAAGUGGCCAUGGAAAUAAUAAAAUCUGAUCAGUGGGUGUUUGAAGGACGUCUUUUAAAAGUGAUUGUAGAUGACAUCUAUACUUCACUUGAAGAAGAAUGUAAAGAAAAUAAUCUUACAGAGUCAGAUUUCUAUGAAGGAGAACCAAUUUUUUUAAACAUAUAUCCUAAUGAAAAUAUUCUUGACGAAUCAAAUUGGAUAUCGGCAGAUAAAUUAACUAUUGGUGCUAAUCGAUUGGAUCAAAGUUUUGUCAAACCUAGUCUUGCAAAAUACGAAAAGUUAUUAUUAACUGCAGGGGCUAGCGAAAUAAAGAGACCUAACAUUUAUGAUUAUAUUCAAGUUAAACAAAAAAAUGAAGAUAAAAGUUCAAAGGCAGAAAAUUUUGCAAAAUCACUUCAACAAUUAAUAGAAGAUGAAUCCUGUAUACUUAAUGAUGUAAUAUUUUCUGCAGACGUAGAUUUUAGUCCGGAAUUACAAGAAAAGUGGAAGAAUUUUAUUAAUGAAUAUGGUGAAAUUCGUGCAAAUAGAUAUGUACUUGCAGCAGCUUCAAAUCAUUUCAAAAUUGCAUUUUCAAGAGAUUAUAGAGAUGGAGACCCACAUAAGGCAGCAAAAAUUCCUGCAUGUGAUAUUAAUCCUGAAUCAUUUAAAGUUAUGUUAAGAUAUCUAUAUGCUAUGCCACUUGAUACGGCUAUUAAUCUUACAAAAAGUAAUUCUGAUGAUAUUAGAAAUUAUGAUGACCAUAGGAUGGAUGAGGAGAUUGUUAAAGAAAAAGAAAGACAAUUAACUAUUCUAAAAGAUUUUUUGAAAGCAUCGGAUUAUUAUGAAAUAGUUGACUUGAAAAAGGAAGCGAUAGAAAAAAUUAUCAGCGAUGGUUAUGUUGAGUGUUCUAAUGCUGAUGAUCUUUUUGAAUAUGCUAACAUGCAUAAUGCUGAUUUGCUUGCUAAAUAUUGCAAUGAAUUUAUUGAAUUAAAUAGUGAUUUAAUCAAACGUGGAAGCAAACGUGGAAGCAAACGUGGAAGCAAACGUGGAAGCAAACGUGGAAGCAAACGUGGAAGCAAACAUGGAAGCAAACGUGGAAGCAAACGUUGGAGUAAACGUGGAAGUAAACGUGGAAGAAACGUUGGAGAAAACGUUGGAGUAAACGUGGAAGUAAACGUGGAAGUAAACGUUGAAGUAAACGUUGGAGUAAACGUGGAAGUAAACGUUGAAGCAAACGUUUACUUCAACGUUUACUCCAACGUUUGCUUUAAUGUUUACUUUACCGUUUACUUUAACGUUAAAGCGAACAUUAAAGCGAACAUUGAAGCGACAGUUAAAAGUCUAACAUCUGCUACUCCGUGCCCUUGUACUGCAUCUGCAGCUGUGGAGUUUGACUUACCUAAAAAAUGGAAAAGCCUUGGGUACAGCUUAAAUACUCUUAAUUAUCAAACAACUGAUUUAACGCAUCAAUCUUAA